CGUAUAUAUAAGCCCCAUCCUGCCUAAAGGGCUCGAACCUCUUUCGGGAAGAGGACGAAAAACCCUAGCAUCCAGAUUUCCGCCUUCUAGGGUUUCACCACUUCCAUCCCCAAAUGGCGGAUUCUCCUCGCAGAAGGUCUUCACGGUCCCCAUCUCCGUACAAGCAUCACUCUAGGUCAAGAUCCCGAUCUAGGGGUCGCUCCCAGUCCAGGUCCUUGUCUCCCAUUCCGAGGUCUCGGACGCGAUCACCGUCUGGAAGCCGUGGGAGGAGUGAUGCAAGAAAUCCUGGAAAUACUCUUUAUGUAACAGGCCUUUCUUCUAGGGUUACAGAUAGGGAUCUUGAGGACCACUUCUCCAGAGAGGGAAAGGUGGUUGGAUGCCGUUUAGUUGUUGAACCCCGUACACGCAUCUCUCGAGGUUUUGCAUUCGUGACCAUGGACACAACUGAAGAUGCAGAGCGGUGUGUGAAAUAUCUCAAUCAGUCAGUUCUGGAAGGGCGAUACAUAACUGUGGAGAAGUCAAGGAGGGGACGUCCACGAACACCUACACCUGGACAUUACCUUGGUAUGAAAAGUUCUCGUGACAACAGCUAUCGACAUGACCGUGGAAGAUAUCGUGGAGGCUAUGAUCGUGAUGACUAUGGUGGUGGCUAUCGUAGAUCUCCAAGACGCUCGCCUUAUCGAGGUGGUCGUGACUAUUCCCCUCCCCCUCGGAGAUCACCUUAUGGUGGUAGGUCAAGAAGAGAACGAUCGAGGUCCCUACCUUACUCUCCAUAUGGAAGCCCUGAUAGAGGCUUUGGGCGACGUGCAAAUGGGUACGCCAGGUAAUUUAGGUCCUUGGGUUCUUUAGAUCCGGAUGUCGAGUGAAUGACGUGGAGAUGAUGAUUGGGUCCUUCCAGUUUGUUUUCCUUAAUUAAACCGGAUUGAAUGUAGUUUUAGACUUUCAGACGUCAUGCUACCCUUAGGUUUAUUGUACUGUUCUGGCUAUGUGUGGUUUUCCUUUACCUUUGUUUCAAAUGCUAGACUGUUUGAUGGAUUUAAAAAUAGGUUAACUUUGUGAAGAACGUGAAAAAGUUGUUGAGAGACGAUCAGUUUGCCUUUUGAA